GCCGUGCGCAGCGGCGUGUUGGGCCGUGUGCAGACCCGCGUGUGGCGCAGGCAAGGACCCUGAAAAUAAACAGCAGCUACCUUGCGAGCCGCCUUCCCCGGGCCCGCGUCCGAGUCUUCCCCGCUGCGGACCCCCCUCAGACGCUGAAGAUCUAACUGCAGCCAUGAGCAGCAAUGAGUGCUUCAAGUGUGGACGAUCUGGCCACUGGGCCCGGGAAUGCCCUACUGGUGGAGGCCGUGGUCGUGGGAUGAGAAGCCGUGGCAGAGGUGGUUUUACCUCGGAUAGAGGUUUCCAGUUUGUUUCCUCGUCUCUUCCAGACAUCUGUUACCGCUGUGGUGAGUCUGGUCAUCUUGCCAAGGAUUGUGAUCUUCAGGAGGAUGAAGCCUGCUAUAACUGCGGUAGAGGUGGCCACAUUGCCAAGGACUGCAAGGAGCCCAAGAGAGAGCGAGAGCAGUGCUGCUACAACUGUGGCAAACCAGGCCAUCUGGCUCGUGACUGUGACCAUGCGGAUGAGCAGAAGUGCUAUUCUUGUGGAGAAUUUGGACAUAUUCAAAAAGAUUGCACCAAAGUGAAGUGCUAUAGGUGUGGUGAAACCGGCCACGUAGCCAUCAACUGCAGCAAGACGAGUGAAGUCAACUGUUACCGCUGUGGCGAGUCAGGGCACCUUGCACGGGAAUGCACGAUUGAAGCCACAGCUUAAUUAUUUUCCUUUGUCGCCCCUCCUUUUUCUGAUUGAUGGUUGUAUUAUUUUCUCUGAAUCCUCUUCACUGGCCAAAGGUUGGCAGAUAGAGGCUACUCCCAGGCCAGUGAGCUUUACUUGCCGUGUAAAAGGAGGAAAGGGGUGGAAAAAAAUCGACUUUCUGCAUUUAACUACAAAAAAAAAGUUUAUGUUUAGUUUGGUAGAGGUGUUAUGUAUAAUGCUUUGUUAAAGAACCCCCUUUCCACGCCACUGGUGAAUAGGGAUUGAUGAAUGGGAAGAGUUGAGUCAGACCAGUAAACCCGUCUGGGUGUCUUGAAUAUGUUCCCAUGUAGGAGGUAAAAUCAACUCUGGAAGUGUCUGUGAGCUUCCAUAAAUAACUUUAAUUUGAGCAUAAUGAUGGCCUUGGAUUGUCUGACCUCAGUAGCUAUUAAAUAACAUCAAGUAACAUCUGUAUCAGGCCCUACAUAGAACAUACAGUUGAGUGGGAGUAAACAAAAUUAAAAAACGUGCGUGUUAAUGGCUGUAAGAGAAAAAUCAGAAUAAAAGCUUAACCAGGAACAACUUCAUCACAGCACUGAUGCUGGGUAUAGAUGGUGAUGGCAAAGGUUUAGAACGCGUUUUUUGAAAGACUAAAUCUAAAACCCAGAGUAAACAUCUACGCUUAGAGCUAGCAUAAUUUGGAGUUAUUCAGGAAUUGCAGAGAAAUGCAUUUUCACAGAAAUCAAGAUGUUAUUUUUGUAUACUAUAUCACUUAGACAACUGUGUUUUCAUUUGCUGUAAUCAGUUUUUAAAAGUCAGAUGGAAAAAGCAACUGAAGUCCUAGAAAAUAGAAAUGUAAUUUUAAACUAUCCAAUAAAGCUGGAGGAGGAAGGGGAGUUUGACUAAAGUUCUUUUUGUUUGUUUCAAAUUUUCAUGAAUGUAUAUAGUGCAAAACGCCAUAUUAAAGAGGGGAAUGUGGAGGACCGAAA